AUGAGUACGCUCAACAUCGUCGGCCGUUCCUUCGGUUAUAUUGACCCUGACUUCCCCAAUCCCAAUGGACAAAAUGACACCAGCAUCAUAAUCUAUGGCUACACGCCCUCCAUCGGGCUGGCGGCCUUUGCUGCAGCAUGGUUCUUCAUUCAUCUGAUCGGACAUACCGCGCAAACUCUUACAAGUCGCAGCUGGUGGUGGAUGACAUUCUCGACUGGCUUAAUCUUCGAGAUCAUUGGAUACAUUGCGCGAUCUCUAUCAGCCGAAAGGGACCCAUACAACCUGAUUUACUUUGUCCUGCAAUAUUUCUUCAUCGUCACUGCCCCUGUCUUCCUCGCUGCGGGUAUCUACACGAUUCUUUCGGCGCUGAUCUCCCGACUAGGGAACCGAUACUCUUUCCUUAAGCCAAAGGUCAUCUUGGGAUUCUUUAUUACUUCAGAUGCGGUCUCCACGAUCGUCCAGAUCGCAGGCGCCUGCCUGGUCGGCGUCAAAGAGUCUCGCCGAGAGGACCCGACAACAGCGAACCACAUUCUGCUGGCAGGUCUAGCUUAUCAGGUCUUUGCAAUGAGUAUUUUUGUCAUCUUGAUGGCCACAUUCCAGUUUCGAGCUCGACGUGCCAUCAAGGAGCACGGCUAUCGACUCUUCUGCUUGGCGUUCUCUGUCGCGACCAUCAUGGUCUAUUUGAGAACUAUCUUCCGUCUCGCAGAGACGGCCGAGGGUCUAGGUGGGAAGUUGUCGACCAAUGAGAUAUUUUUUGCGUGUCUUGAGUUCGCGCCUAUCGCGCUCGUGAUCCUUUUGCUGGGUAUUUUCCAUCCAGGUCGUUGUCUUGGGGGCAAGGUGCGUGUUAGGGACGAGAAGGUACACAUGCAUGGUGACUUGAACACUUCUGCUGCUCAGCUUCAUGUAUAG